AUGUUUCGAGCUCGCCGAUACCGAGUUCUGGUCAUAUUCGCGGCCGCUGUCGUUUUCACAUUCUUCCACUUUGCGCGGUCACGCGAUUGGAACUAUACAGUCAUUGAAGAGUCUACUGGCGCUCAUUCACCCGAUCUUGCCCAUCCGAAUCAACCAGCGACACCCAAAUUUGAAACUCCGGGCGCUGCUGCCGCCAUCGAGGAGAGCAGAAACCGUGUGCUUCCCGAUUCCUACCGCGGCUCCACCUCCCCGCCACUGCCAGAGAAUGUCAUCUCCUCAGUGGGUCUCAAUGGUGGCUCAAAGGAUAGCGGCCGGCUUGACGAUGCGUCCUCCAACCCUCCGCCGGUGAAGAAGCCCAUGAACGAUGCUCCGAAGGACUCCGCGAAGGGCUCCACAAAGGACCCCGUGAAGGAACCGGCAAAGGUGGAGAGCACCAACAGUUUACCACCACUCACGUCAGAGGAUAUCAAUUAUGCAAACGGGGAAGAGAUUGACAACGGAGGGGCUGGCAGAAAGGCAGCGGAGCGCCAUGAGCCUGGCGUUCCAACGGCCAAGUGGAGGAAGUUCCCAGAACGGUUCCCCGUCCCUGCAGAGAAUUUAAUCAAGCUGCCAAAGGAACAGCCCAAAAAAAUCCCCAAGUUGCAGGCGAAGUUCAAGGAUGAGUCGAGCUCCGACAAGCAAGAGCGUUUACAACGGCUUAGCACUAUCAAGGCCGAGUUCACGCAUGCCUGGAACGGUUACAAGGCGGUCGCCAUGGGCCAUGACGAAGUCAAGCCUCUCUCAAAGGGGUUUGAAGACCCAUUCAAUGGCUGGGGAGCGACAUUGGUUGAUUCUAUUGAUACUCUCUGGAUUAUGCAAUUGAAGGACGAAUUCUCCGAGGCUUUGGAUGUGAUCAAAAACAUUGAUUUCAAGACAUCACCGAGAGCAGAUAUUCCGAUGUUUGAGACAACUAUCCGUUAUCUUGGAGGUCUUUUGGGUGCUUAUGACAUCUCUGGUCAUCGAUACCCGGUGCUUUUGGAGAAAGCAGAGGAGAUUGCUGAGGUUCUCAUUGGUGCCUUUGAUACACCUAACCGCAUGCCACACCUUUAUUAUCGCUGGGCCCCAGAAUAUGCUUCGAAACCGCAUCGGGCGUCUUCCCGGGCUGGCCUGGCUGAAAUUGGGUCGCUUUCCUUGGAAUUUACCCGUUUGGCUCAAUUAACCAAUCAGGACAAAUACUAUGAUGCGAUUGCACGGAUUACCAACGAAUUGGAGAAAAUUCAAGACACAACGAGCAUCCCUGGACUGUGGCCUCUACGGGUCAAUGCACAGGGAUGUUCCAAGUACUCCAAGAACACUCCCCCGCGUGAUAACAGCCCUACGCGCGAGCAACACGCCGCUAGUACGACCAGGAGCACUACUACGAUGACCCACAAGCCUUACGCUGCGCCGACAGACCUUGAGAGUUAUUUAAAUCUGAUCGCACGCGACACAAACGCUGAUCUCGAAGGAAAUGUCCAACCUGCCAAUGAUACGCAAGCUGUAAGUGAACCUAGCAUUCAGGCACGUGAGCCAAAUACGUUAUCAGCAGAAAAAUGCAACGGGGGCUUAAGACUUCCCAAUUCACCUCGUGAUAACGGAUACACCAUGGGAGGAAUGGCUGACUCGGCCUACGAAUACCUGCCUAAGGAAUACCUGCUACUGGGUGGCCUGAACGAGCAAUACUUGAAUAUGUACAAGAAGGCAGCCACUGCAGCCCGCAAACAUCUUCUCUUCCAGCCCAUGGUUAAAGGUGGACGUGAUAUCCGAUUCAUAGCAUCAACUACCCCAAUAACACCUGGAAAGGUUGCAGAGCUCACUUCCACUGAUCUUGAAUACGAAGGUACUCACUUGGCAUGUUUUGUCGGCGGGAUGUUCGCCAUAGGAGCCAAGGCCUUUGGCAUCGAUGGUGAUCUGGAACUCGCAGCAAAACUGACCGAGGGUUGUGUUUGGGCUUACGAGUCCACUCAAACCGGAAUCAUGCCUGAACGCUUCCGCCUUCUGCCCUGUGAGAAAGGCUCAGACUGUGAGUGGGAUCAAACCCUCUUUGAGACCGGCGUGGCACGCUACUCGCGCGUGGACCCCGGGGCAGGACAUUCGUUCCGCAAUGGAGAGAGCAGCUACGAACAGCGCGUGAAUAUGAUUGCGCACGAUCCGCCGCAAGGACCUGCGAGCGGGUCGAUUCCCAUCCCCAUGCCGGGCUCUUUAAACCCUCACGAUAGCGAUGUGUUGGUCAAGCGUAACGGAGUCCUAUUAGAAGAGCGCGCGAAAUCAUCGUCUCCUGCUUCAAUCUCGACUCCGACUCUCGGUGAAGCUGAACUGCAGAACCGAGAUGCACCUCGUUCAACUUCAUCGCCCGCUUCACCUCACAUCGCCAAAGUCGGCAAAGACCACCUCCAAACAGGCAUGACCAGUAUCCCAUCGCCAAAUUACUACCUUCGGCCCGAGGCGAUCGAGUCUGUUUUUAUUAUGUAUCGCUUAACUGGGGACGAAUCUUGGCGUCGCAAGGGAUGGCAGAUGUUCGAGGCCAUCUCGAAGUAUACCCGAACGGAUCUGGCCAACGCGGCCAUCCACGAUGUCACAGCCCAGAAACCGAUCCAUAAGGAUACGAUGGAGUCUUUCUGGCUCUGUGAAACGUUGAAGUACUUCUACCUUUUGUUCAGCGACCCCAAUGUCGUGGACUUGGAUAAAUAUGUUCUGAACACCGAAGCGCAUCCAUUCCUGCGCCCCGUGGCAUAA